AUGACGGGUGCGGCGGCUGGCCACAAGGCGAUAGCGGACGUGCUUUUGGCGCGUGGCGCCACCAUGGAUCUUGUCGACAAGAAUGGUGACUAUGCUCUCUACACUGCGGCCAUGAAUGGUCUCUUGGAGAUCGUGCAGCUUCUCGUCGAGCAUGGCGCCACUGUCGCGCCAACCAACGUGGGCGAGGUCCUUCCCAUUAAGGGCGCGUACGACAGAGGCCACGACAAUAACGGAGAACCCUUCCUGCUUUGCGCUUGCGCCGACGGCCGCAUCUCGGUCGUCGACGCGCUUCUCCGCGCCGGUGUCGACGGCAAGGCGGCCGACUCGGUGCGUCACUGCCUCCAUGUUCUUGCCUUGUAA